UUUAACCGUCAAUCAAUGGCUAGUAUAAUAGGGCACGUCGUCAGUAAUUAUAAUGAGAUUUUGGAAUCGAGGAAAGAUCCUGUCGUGGAUACAUGGUUGCUGAUGGGCAGUCCGCUGCCAGUUUUCGUAAUAAUUGCAGUCUAUCUUACUUUUGUUCUCAAAAUUGGUCCGAGAAUUAUGGAAAAGAGGCCAGCCUACGAGCUCAAAAGAGUUAUUAUAUUCUACAACGCUUUCCAAGUAUUCUUCAGUAUAUGGUUAACAAUCAUUACCUUCAAUAUCGAUGUCAUGGAUCUACUAUUUGCUGAUAACUGUAAUACCGAAAAUGCAAUACCAAUAAAUAAAAAAAUACAAUCUACGUUGUCACUAGGAGGCUGGUGGUAUUUUUUUUCAAAAAUCACCGAGCUGUUGGAUACUGUUUUUUUUAUUCUUAGAAAAAAGUACAAUCAAGUGUCUUUUCUUCACGUGUAUCAUCACACAAUUAUGGCUUUAUUUUCAUGGUGCUAUAUCAAAUUUUUACCUGGCGAACAAGGCAUUGUCAUCGGUUUUCUCAACAGCUUUGUACAUAUUGUUAUGUAUUUAUAUUAUUUGAUCGCAGCUCUUGGCCCACAAUACAGAAAAUAUUUAUGGUGGAAAAAGUACAUGACGUGGAUGCAAUUGGUUCAAUUUAUGAUGAUGUUUGUAUAUCUAUUGUUUACUCUUGCUGUAGACUGUCGGAUGCCGAAAGCUCUUACCUAUUUUUUUCUUACUAAUGUCAGUAUCUUUAUUUACCUUUUCGCUAAUUUUUAUAGAAAUGCAUAUAAAGUUAAAAAAGUAUUGUAAAAUAUUAGCUACUUA